UUUUGGCUGAGGAAAAAGAAAAUAAUGGAUACAGUGAUCACGAUAUUGGAUUUAUGAUGAGCACAACAAAUACAGAUGAAUUAACUAGCUUAUUGAAUAAUGUAUUGGAUAACAGCAAGAGACAAAAGGAGAGAGAGGAAGAGGAGGUCAUGAAUACAAUGGAUGCAAGCACGCAUAUCAUGGCAUCCGACAUGGCUAGAUCAACUACUACCAAUUCAUUUUCAUCCUCGUCGUCUACUAAUGCAGGUAAUUUUAUUGUUCCACAACAUCAAAUUGUUUGCGGCAGUUUUACACCCCAUUCAAAUUGCUCUCCAGCCAUCGAUACACAAGGAGAAUCGGUUGUAAUUACCAUUACGCCACUAUCUACCUUGUUUACAUCGGAUGAAGAACGACAGGAUAAGAUGAUAAACCAGUCAAACAAGCCAGUGACACGUAUUGUAACUUGUUAUUGUGGUAAUUCGUGUAUUUGUCCUGGAUGCUUUGUUCAUCCAAAUAAUUACAUUCAACAACAACAAUACAAUAUGCAACAGCAGCAAUAUAACAUGCAGAUACAACAAACAUCAUCUAAUUCUUCUUCUUAUAGUUCAGAUGAUGAGGAUCAGCAUCAUUUAAACUAUUCUGCUACCAAUUAUUCCCUUCUUUAAAAAAAAAAAUCUCAUAUGCAGCUUGUUAUUAUACUACGCAACUCUCCUUUUUUUUUUACCCUUACAAAAAAUGUACAUACCCUAAAUUUUUUUUUUUAUACUAUAUUUCACUUUAAACCUAUGCCCUUACUACCAUCGUAUUAUAUAUAGAGAUCAUUUUUUAAACCCCUCCCCCAUGUCCCCCACUACUUUAUCCUCGUCUCGAAAAAAAUAAAUAAAUAAAUCCUUCUUUAUGCAUGACGUGCUAAUGGGCUCAUGCAAUUAAAAAUCUAA